AUGGCCUCCCAAACUCCUAUUUUUGUUCUAGAUGAAAAUUUGCCCUUCCAUAGAGGCAAAGGUGUUGAUGGCAUAAAGGCUGAUGUGCCCAAGCCUGCCAAGCCGGCACGUCAUGAACGAAAAGCUUUGCGGGAUCUUUCAAAAGCUGGAAAACCUCUGCCAACAGAACCCAAGAAUGCCUCAAAGAAUAGUUUUCUGACUGAUGAGGAAAUAAAGAAAUGUCAUGAGUGGGCCAAGCAGGGAAUCGAGCAUGCCCAUUUUACAGGAACUGAGCAGCGAAAACUCCAGAAAGAAAAGGAUAAAGAACGUGUAAGAAAGAAAGUGGAUAAAGUUAUGUCUGCACUUCGUGAAUGGACUGACAUGGCCUAUAACUUUGGAUUGCCAAGGGUGGAUGCUGCUGAUGUUACCGAAAGCAUUGGGAAGCUGGAGUUAGAGCCAGAGGUGCUUCCUCCCAGGGCCCAGAUCUCACUUGAAUUCAGGUAAUGAUAAAUUAGAGGAUCUUCUUCUGGAGCCCGAGCUUGACUGGUACCCAUUUCUUGACCAGACAUUGGAGCUCAAGCUGAAAGAUGAUAUCUAUAGCAGAUGAAUUUGCUUUCUUCUCUGUUGUUUGGUAAAUUUCGACUGUGGCAGCAUCAAAAAGCUACCAAUAUUUCUCUAAAGAUAUUUAAUGGCAUCUGUGAAUUUCGUUGCUGGAUAAAGGUGUUACAACUUUGGGGGUGUGUGUUACAAACUUUACCAGCUUUCUUAGCAAUGUAUCGUUGUAAGUUUUGCGUGUAUAUUGUAUGGAGUUUGUUGUUUUGCUUC